CUGACAUCACGGUUCUCAUUGUACCUUGAAUGUCUCUCUAUUCUUAAUCCCCUAAUCUUGUUAUUGCCUGUCACCGCUCGAUCAUCUGCACUUCGCACUCCAUCGCCGACAUGGGUCACGUCUCACGCAAAACGCGACUCAGGGCUGUCAUUGCCAUAUCGUUUUGCUUCUUCAUUGCUGAAAUCUCGGUUGGCUUCUACACCCAUUCGAUUGCACUUGUAGCAGAUGCUUUCCAUUAUCUCAACGAUCUCAUCGGCUUCAUAGUCGCUCUGGUGGCAGUUCAAGUGACAGAGCGCAAAGAAUCCCCGCAAGAUCUUACAUUUGGCUGGACCCGUGCACAGCUUCUAGGUGCCUUCUUCAAUGGCGCCUUCCUCCUCGCGCUGGGUCUGAGCAUAGCCCUACAGUCCAUCGAACGCUUCGUAUCUCUUCAGCACGUCGAAAAUCCAAAGUUGGUGCUGAUAGUAGGAUGCAUCGGUCUUGCUUUGAAUCUCAUCAGUGCGGCCUUCCUCCACGAACACGACCACGGCGACGGACAUGGACAUAGUCACGGUCACAGUCACGAACACGAGCACUCUUCCCACGUUCAUGGAGACGUCGAGAGCCUCCCGGCUGCCUCUGCUCAUAGCACACGUUCCGUAGCUGAUCAUCACCUCGAGCAUCUCCACCUCUCCCUCGCACCUUCCAAGCACGGCAUGGACCUAGGUAUCUUAGGGGUGCUCAUCCAUAUCCUCGGCGACGCAAUCAACAACAUCGGCGUGAUCAUCGCCGCGCUCAUAAUCUGGCUCACACACUCGCCCUCCCGCUUCUACGCUGAUCCAGCAGUGUCGAUGUGGAUCGCAAUCAUGAUACUGAUCUCCGCGAUCCCGCUGACCAAACGCUCUGGCAAAAUCCUACUGCAGUCUGCACCUCUGCACGUUAAGAUUGAAGACGUCAAGCACGACUUGGAGAGCAUUCCAGGUGUGCUGAGUGUACAUGAGUUGCACGUGUGGCGACUGGAUCAGAGGAAGGCGGUUGCGAGUGCGCAUGUUGUUGUCAGCGACCCGGAUGUGGAGAGCUUCAUGAAGAAGGCAAAGGUCAUCACUGAGUGCUUGCAUGCAUAUGGAAUUCAUUCUGUAACGCUGCAGCCGGAGCUCCCCAGGCAGAGAGCGGUCGCCGAUGAUGAAGCAACUGAAGUUGCAUCUGCGAUGACCACUAGAACGAGCAUGGAGAAGUGCGGAGUGCCUUGUGGUACUGUAUGUGAGGAACUCAAGUGCUGCAAAUGAUCAGUCCAUCUUGUUGGAAGGCAUGCUGUAGCUGAUUGUUGUUUGUCUGGAUCGGGCAGCACGUAUUCUCUACCAGUGUCAUCAAUCUAAGUUCCUUACAACUUGCUUGCCGCCUCAAUGACUAAUGGAUGUCUCACUUC